UUUUUCAAACCUUACCCAACCGCCAUCUCCCUCCUCAAUUACACAGGUUUUGGCGGUCAGUUGGACUUUCUGCGGGGCGCGGCAAUGGGCACUGAUGGGCUGGGAAAACCCAUCCUUGCCAUGGCGUCCACAACAAGCAAAGGCCAGUCAAAAAUCGUGCCCGAGCUGGCUGAAUGUGCCGGCGUCGUUACACCCUCGGACCAUGUCCACUACUUGGUCACCGAGUACGGUAUUGCAGAACUGUUUGGUCGAACGCAGCGUCAACGAGCGCACGCUCUCAUCCAGGUGGCCCACCCGAAAUUCCGGUGAGCGAUAG